UGCUGCGCCACGCCAACCCGACGGAAACAGCCGUGCGCGGCCGAGUCCGACCCCGCCGGCGAGAUCCACGCGGCGGAGGCGAAGCGAGACUUGACCCCUCGCGCCCGCGCGCGUGUGCCGUGCCCGCCUCGUCACGCACGGGGAGGCGAUUAAUUGGAGCUUCGUUUUGAUUGGUUUGGUUGGGGGAAUGGCGGUACGGCCGGGGUGGGUGGUGGCGGUGGCGCGGGCGUCGGCGGCGGCAUGGCAGCGGGUCGCGUGCAACCCGGAGACGCUCCCCGCCGACCAGGUCCUCGGGCUGCUCUGCUGCGGGCCGCUUCACCUCCUCGCCCGCCUCGCCGCCUUCCUCUGCAUCCCCUUCGUCCCUGUCCAAGCCAUGCCCCGCCUCCUCUCCCCUCGCCUCCGAGGCCAGUCGCGCCUCCUCCUCCUACCGUCUCCGGAGCUAGUCGAGCCUAUCUACUCUCCUUACCCUUCCUCCUCAUCGUCGUCGUCGUCAUCCGACGACGACAGCGAAAUCGAGGACGGGGAGGUUGUCCAUCUUCACUUCGAGUGAGGAUCAGCAGUCUGGCUACCCAAACUCACUCGGUAUUCGUUAGGUCGUCCAUUUGAACGAACCAUAUCAAAAUUUAUAGGGAUUACUGUUCAAGUUCAAAUAUAUCAUGUGAUGACUCGGUUUUGGGUGGCUGUUUGUUCAACAGUGUAACUUGUAACUGUUGAAAUUUAUAUGAUGUUAAUCCUAAUUGGCAGGAGAGAUCAUGUAGGUUAACAUAUGCUGAAAAUUCUGCUUUCUUUCCAUUUCAUUGUUCGUCUUUUAUCUAUAAUUUUCUAAAGAUGUAUUUAGGUGUAAUUUAGUCAGAUUAGUCAGUUCAUAUGGUCAAAAAGGACCCAAACCAUUUAUACCAUUCAAAUGAAUCUAGAAUUCAGUUGCCAUUUUGGAGUUAAUCUUUUGUUUCUUUGAAGUAAUUAUUCAACCAAACCUUGUACUUUAAGCGCAGAAAGUGAUUAUAUAACCCUAUGCACAUUCAAUUGAUUGUCCCAUUCCCAUAUUGACUAUUAGAAAUCUGUUAUGAGGUUGUUAGACUGUUUGUUCUGUGAACUUGCGUAAGAGUUCAGACAAUGUUUUACUAUAGCAAUAUAGCGUAUUAUUGUGAUAUCAUUCUAUCUAUGCUGAGAUCUGUAGAAACUAGAAAGGGGUGGAUACAGUUAUUUGCAUAUGCCUCAUUCCUGAUGCAAUAAAGGACAGUUAGCCCUGACAACAUUGAAGGAUUAGCCUGAUAGUGAUAGUCAACAUUCUCAACCUGCUGCAUGCAUCUGUAUAAUUGGUUGCUGUUACCACCUUCAUUGAUGAUGAUGGAUGUGUCUUGCACAGUCAAUCUGCUGGAACUUUUAGAUGCGCCAUCCUUUGAAAUUAAUUUCUUGUUCCCAAUAUAAGGGCCUAAUGCCAUUCUUAGGAAGUAUGCUUCUCGAGUAAAAUCUUUCUUUUGUUGAAUGCAGUCAUUCAGUCAUGCAAAUCUAGUCUGAUGGAUCUCUGGUCACUCCUGAAGGAAAUGCAACAUUGGUUUAUGCAGUUUGACUGUAGGCAUAAUUUGUUUACAGCUUUUAGAAUAUCUAUUUUGCUUGCUUCAUUUGGGUAUAUUUCUUGAGUGGAUUUUGUAUGCAACCUUGACAGUUUUCUAACAUCAUAAACAUGGUCUGGAACUAUAUCUUUUGGGACUAUUUAGUGCUUAAUAAAAGUUAAGCUCCAUCUCAACUAGAAUCCAUCAUUUUUUUAGUGGAAGUAAGAUGCUAAAAGCAUUCUUUCUGCCUGGGAAAUAUAUAAAGGAACCAAGGGAAGAGUUACAACUUCCAUAGUUCAAUGCAUCUUUUCAUAUGCUUUCCAUCACCGUCACAAGGCAGGCAGGCAUGUUUGAGGCUUAAGAAUUUUUUUUUAAUAUAGUUUGAGGCUUAAGAAUUAUGGUUCGUUUUAUUAGGAGGUCUUCUGGAUUUAAAACUUGAUUUGUAGAUCCCCCAUCCAUCUCUGAUUUUCGUG